AUGCUUCGCAACACACCCCCACGACGCCAGGUGCCUCCACCGUCCCUCAUGCUUUGCAACACACCACCACGACGCCAGGUGCCUCCACCUUCCCUCAAUGCUUCGCAAAACACCACCACGACGCCAGGUGCUCCACCUUCCCUCAUGCUUCGCAACACCCACCCGACGCCAGGUGCCUCCACCGUCCCUCAUGCUUCCCAGCACACCACCACGACCCCCCGGUGCCUCCACCUUCCUCAUGCAUCGCAACACACCACCACGACGCCUGGUGCCUCCACCUUUCCCCCAUGCAUCGCAACACACCACUACGACGCCAGGUGCCUCCACCGUCCCUCAUGCUUCGCAACACACCACCACGACGCCAGGUGCCUCCACCGUCCCACUCAUGGGUUCGCAACACACCACCACGACGCCAGGGGCCUCCACCGUCCCUCAUGCUUCCCAAAAAACACCACCACGACGCCAGGGGCCUCCACCUUCCCUCAGCAUCGCAACACACCACCACGACGCCUGGUGCCUCCACCUUCCCUCAUGCAUCGCAACACACCACUACGACGCCAGGUGCCUCCACCUCCCUCAUGCUUCGCAACACACAAACCACGACGCCAGGUGCCUCCACCGUCCCUCAUGCUUCGCAAAAACACCACCACACGCCAGGUUUCCUCCACCGUCCCUCAUGCUUCGCAACACACCAUCACGACGCCAGGUGCCUCCACCGUCCCUCAUGCACGCAACACCCCCACGACGCCAGGUGUCCCCCACCGUCCCUCAUGCAUCGCAACACACCACCACGACGCCAGUGCUCCACUCUUCCCUCAUGCAUCGCAACACACCACCCCGACGCCAGGUGCCUCCACCUCCCUCAUGCUUCGCAAAACACCAAAUACGACGCCAGAGCAGCAGCAGCAGCAGCAGCAGCAGCAGCAGCAGACAGUGGAGCAGACUGUGUACAAGACAACUUCACAACACCCCGACAUAGAUGCGGGAUGGGCAUGGGUCGUCCUCUUCGCUAUGUUUUGCGUGUUCGCCCUCAACUCAGGAUUAUUGAGCACAACUGGCAUGUACUUUGUGCAGAUGCUGACCGAGUUUGGCAAAUCUCGGUCCUACACAGCUUGGAUGGGUUCUCUUGUUAAUGCUUUCUUCAUGCUGGGAGGUCCGAUAAGCUCAAUGUUCAUCCAGCGCUGGGGCUGCCGUCUCUCUCUGAUGUUUGGCUCUCUCUUGAUGACGUUGGGAUUCCUAGUCUCUGCCUUUGCAACCUCCCUCGAGAUGCUCUUCGUGACCUAUGGUGUUGUUGUUGCAUGUGGGAUGAACUUCGCUUACUCUGGUCAAAUCAUCAGUCUGGCGCAGUACUUUGAUAAGAGACAAUCCAUUGCCACUUCUUCUGCGAUGAUUGGCAUUGGUGUUGGUAUCUUUCUCUUGAGUUCCUUGACAGAGUUCCUUAUUCUUGAAUAUGGUUGGCGCGGAUCUUUCAUCUGGAACGCAGGUUUAAGUCUCCACAUAGCGGUGUUCGGUUCUCUUGUGUUUCCCAUCGAACCGAUGACCCAGAAUCCAGGAGAUACAGUUAGCCUCCAGGAGCACCCAGACGGCAGCCAAAGCUCUAUUUUAGUCAACAGAGGUUUCUCUUCUUCUAAGAGUCGCAUCUUCCUCGACAAGACAAUGAAUGACAGGUCCAAUGGCUACAGCUUCUGUAAUAAGGACUCCCAUGCUGAAUUGUCCCACUUUGACCUUCGAUCCUACCAGUUCAGCUUUCACAACAAAGAUUCUCACGGGGACUUUGGUCUACAUUCUAACUACCCAAGCUUCUCUUCUCACCGGGAUGCCCAGGCUGGUGUCAGCGGCAUCAAGUCAAACCCUCAAAGUUUCUGUAGGACGUCACAGCUGGACCUGUAUCAGCAACUUCACAGUUGUCACCAUUCAGAGAGAGAAGUGGAGAGUCUUAAGGCUACUGGAUCUGGAUAUGGCGGAGGUCGUGCUCGGUUCCUUGUACGUGAGGGGGACUGUGACCUUAGUUGUUGUGAUGAAGAAGAGGAAGAACAACGGUCGUUAAGUGACGUACACACGGCAACACCUCAGAUUAAGAGAAGAUCUCUAUGUGUGCUGCUGAUGGAGAAGAUGAAGCUGCGCUCACAAACUGUUAUUAGCAGCUUUGCCAGAAAAUCGACGAACCAUCCUCUGUUUGAUGUGAGGUUCUGGCUGAUGGACUUCGCUGUCUUCUUCGCAAUGUUGGGAACUCUAUGUCUCUACAUUAUUUAUAAAGAUUUUGCAGACUACAUGGGUCUAGGAGACUAUUAUUCAAUAGCUCUUUCUGGUAUUGGUAUUGGAGAUCUUUGUGGUCGAAUGUUUACGGGUUUCUUAAUGAAUAUGGAGUGGAUCGACUCUGUGUUUGCGUAUGGGAUGGCACUGCUCUUGUGUGCAGUGGUGGUAGUUGGUCACAUGUUCAUCACGACCAGCACUCAGCUAUUGGUGCUGACUGGAAUCUUUGGAUUCCUUUAUGGUGGCCAAAAUGUUCUUAUCGCUGUUGCUCCGUCCAUGGUGUUCGGCAGAGAGAAACUCAUAACUGUCUUUGGACAUAUUCUCUUCCUUGGAGGCAUCGGUGCUCUAAUUGGAGCACCCAUUGCUGGAUCGAUCGUGGACAGUACUGGUAGUUAUGAUGGUGUUGUAUUGUUUUCUACCGUCAGUCUAGCAUCCGGCACUUUGCUCAUGUUUAUAUGUUAUUUCAUCCACCGCAAAAGAUGUAAUCAGCAGCCUGUGGAAAGUGUAUAACCGUUAGAUUAAAUCUCCUAAAGAACCAGUCAUGAUGCAAAUAUUAGUGAGAGUUGUUCCAACACAGUAAGAUCGUUGGAAAAUCCUCGCCGGGCCACCAUCUGGAAAAGACCCUGGCCGGGACAAGACCAGCGAACUUACUACAGAUGUAUAAAUUACAAUUUUGAGACUAUGAUAAUUAAUUACUAUGGAAAAAUAUUAGGUUGUCUAUGUAAUUACAUAGUUGUAAUUAGCUGUGGUAUUUGAGUUAGUGAAGAUUUAUCCACAACUCUUGAAACCUCUUCUAAACAUCUCUUGCCUGAUGUGAUUUAGUUAUUUCGUGUUGACUAUUGAAGCUAUGAGACUUCACACACAUGCUGAGGGCACAACACCUGUCCUCAACAUGUCUGAAAUCGCAAGCCAACUACACCUGUAUGAACAUUUCUACUUAUUGCUUAAAGAACUCUCAUUUAACUUAAGAGACUUUUCUCCCGUCACUGGUCCUCGGUAGUGUCACAGCACUGGUCCUCGGUAGUGCCACAACACUGAUCCUCGAUAGUGCCACGGCUCUGGACUGGUGCACGGUAGUGCCACGGCACUGGACUGAUCCACGGUAGUAUCACGUCACUGACCCACGGUAGUGCCACGUCACCGGCCCUCGGUAGUGCCACAUCCUUAAAGAGUUCAGCUUCGACACACACGGAGGUUUGUCUUCGGCAUGAAUUUCCCUAUACUCAGCCAACGGCUUAAUUCAAUCACUACCUUAUUAUUAACGUCAAUUUAAAUGGUUGAAGGUAUUAGACGAAAGGAGAGAAGGAUUUUCUAAAGACUAAACAGCGAGAUUGUAUUCCAUUUAUAUGGCAUACUAACAACUAUGACUUUUGGUGCCUCGCAGCGCGUCCUAACCCAUCGUCUUUCUAUGUAGAGCACUCAUCAAUAAUUCUAAUUGACCAAUAGAGUUAAAUUACUCCUACAUGUAUAUAGAGAUACCAUUUGUUAUGACUGUGAAGAGAACCUGUUCUGUCGUAGGUACUGUGUCCGUGAUCUGCAGACAGUUGACUUCUAAUGCUGUUUUAGACGCUGAGAUACUGUUCUGUCGUAGGUACUGUGUCCGUGAUCUGCAGACAGUUGACUUCUAAUGCUGUUUUAGACGCUGAGAUACUGUUCUGUCGUAGGUACUGUGUCCGUGAUCUGCAGACAGUUGACUUCUAAUGCUGUUUUAGACGCUGAGAUACUGUUCUGCUUCUCUAAUAAGCCCAGUGGCCUAGCCAAGCCUUGAUGACCGCCUCUUCGGUCGGUACUGUAGGGAUCACGAACAUGAACCUCCGUGCUGGUUCACGACGGUGCUACGUGAGAUGCUUCAAGCAUCUCUUCAUUUUUAUUUAUAUAUAACUAGUACAUAUUUUAAGUAUUUUAUUUUGUGUAUUGCAUGGGUUUUAUUCUAGUAAUUAUUUUCUUUAAUUCGAGGCUCUACUGCAUCUAGCAGGGAUUAAUUUAAUAUAUAUGGAGGGUGUAAGCUGUGAGUGCGACAUGUGAGUGUGAGCUGUGAGUGUGAGCUGUGAGUGCGACAUGUGAGUGUGAGCUGUGAGUGUGAGCUGUGAGUGCGACAUGUGAGUGUGAGCUGUGACUUUGAGCUGUGACUUUGAGCUGUGAAUGUGAGCUGUGAGUGUGAGCUGUGAGUGUGAGCUGUGAGUGUGAGCUGUGAGUGUGAGCUAUUGGCUAUUGGUGACAGCAGUUCCCUGAUCUGAGUAUCUGAUUGGUUAAUUAGUUCCUUUUAAAGACAAUUCUCUUUUUUCCUUUCAACAAAUUCAGUCAAAUAAUGAUUUACAAUUAGCCCUAAACUUCACCGUUUUCUUGACAGAAUAUAAUUAAAUUAGCUCAGAUACUUUUUCGUUAGAUAACUAAUAUUUUACAUUUGCUACUACUAGUUCUACUCAUGAAUAUACAACCUUGAAAAUGUGAGAAAUCACGACAGCGCUUCGAAUUUCACUAUUUUUUCACAGUGGUUAUUCUGCAUGUUGUGAUAACACCUGUUUACCUGGAGUUUACCUGGAGAGAGUUCCGGGGGUCAACGCCCCCGCGGCCCGGUCUGAGACCAGGCCGUGAUCUUAUUGCAUGAAUAUAUAACAACUCGGAAAGAAAAAUUUAUCAUCGUGCCACCGUCUAACUCAUAAUUUAAUGACUAUUUGUGUUUUUAGAAAUGUUUUGUAAUAUCUGUGUGGCUCCGCCGGUUACUUCCACUGGUCUCUCCUACACUGGUCUCUCCUACACUGGUCUCUCCUACACUGGUCUCUCCUACACUGGUCUCUCCUACACUGGUCUCUCCUACACUGGUCUCUCCUACACUGGUCUCUCCUACACUAGACUCUCCUACACAGGUCUCUCCUACACUGGUCUCUCCUACACUGGUCUCUCCUACACUGGUCUCUCCUACACUAGACUCUCCUACACAGGUCUCUCCUACACUGGUCUCUCCUACACUGGUCUCUCCUACACUAGACUCUCCUACACAGGUCUCUCCUACACAGGUCUCUCCUACACUGGUCUCUCCUACACUAGACUCUCCUACACUGGUCUCUCCUACCCUAGACUCUCCUACACUGGUCUCUCCUACACUGGUCUCUCCUACACUGGUCUCUCCUACACUGGUCUCUCCUACACUGGUCUCUCCUACACUGGUCUCUCCUACACUGGUCUCUCCUACACUGGUCUCUCCUAUACUGGUCUCUCCUAUACUGGACUCUCCUACACUGGACUCUCCUACACUGGUCUCUCCUACACUGGUCUCUCCUACCCUAGACUCUCCUACACUGGUCUCUCCUACACUGGACUCUCCUACACUGGACUCUCCUACACUGGACUCUCCUACACUGGUCUCUCCUACACUGGUCUCUCCUACACUGGUCUCUCCUACACUGGCGUCUCCUACACUGGUCUCUCCUACACUGGACUCUCCUACACUGGACUCUCCUACACUGGUCUCUCCUACACUGGUCUCUCCUACGCUGGUCUCUCCUACCCUAGACUCUCCUACACCGGUCUCUCCUACACUAGACUCUCCUACACUGGUCUCUCCUACACUGGUCUCUCCUACACUGGUCUCUCCUACACUGGUCUCUCCUACACUGGUCUCUCCUACACUGGUCUCUCCUACACUGGACUCUCCUACACUGGUCUCUCCUACAUUGGUCUCUCCUACCCUAGACUCUCCUACACCGGUCUCUCCUACACUAGACUCUCCUACACUGGACUCUCCUACACUGGACUCUCCUACACUGGUCUCUCCUACACUGGUCUCUCCUACACUGGUCUCUCCUGCACUGGU